AAAGACGCGCCGAAAGACAGUCCUAGUCAACUUCACUUUCAUCUAUUUUAUCAUUGCACCGUUAGCGCGUGACGGAGGACGUCAUAUGUGAUGUCACAUAAAUACAAGUUGCAGAGGUCACAAAAAGAAACAGCAUGUCUGGUCAGUGGUCGAAAUCGUUGUUUAGCUGCUUUGAUAAUUUUGGCAUCUGUGUGAUAACCUACUUUGCGCCAUGUGUAACGUUUGGCCAGACGGCAGAAGCCAUUGGAAUGGGGAGUUGCGUAGCAUAUGGAGCCCUGAUGUUUAUCCCCAUAGUAAACCUCGUCAUGUUGGUCAAGAUGAGGGGUCAGAUCAGGGAGAUGCACCGAAUUCCAGGGUCUGCGGUUGGUGAUUGUUUGACCACCAUGUUUUGCGGAAUCUGUUCUCUGUGUCAAGAAGCACAGCAGGUGCAGGGAGCCGGGACUACACCCGGGACUCAGGCCAUGGUGAGGGCCUAAUGUCUAUUUCUGGACCUAAAAUAUAUAAAAAAAAAACCAAACUUUUUUGUGUGAAUGUUUUUAUCUGAAGAAAGACUUUGUAAAGAAGACUUUUAUAGAUAUAUUUGUCAGUUAUAUUCAGUAACUUAUUUAAAGUGUUUGUGUUUGAAAAACGUAAAUAAAAGUGAAGAAGUCAUUAAAGAAUAUCUGAAGUUU